CACCAAGCAGCUAAACCAAAACAUGGAGGACAGAAGUGUCUGUACUCCGCUCCUUGCGAAGUCAGAGGCUCAAAAUAACAUAACUAGUACCCCUAACGCGGCUUCUGCCAUAGGUGCUGACAAAGUAAUAAACACUCAAACAGAUAGAGCCCAGGUUGAAGGAGAUGAGACUGAAGAGGAGCUGCUGAAGAGUCUCCUCAUGGAUGACUACUGCCAUGUGUGUGAUGCUGCGAUGCUUGCUGAAACUCAGCGAACGUCCCACUACGAGGGAAAGAAACAUGCUCAGAAGCUCAAAGUGUACCUGCAGGCCAAGAGAACCGAGAAGAUCCAAGAGUCCACAGGACCUCAGCGGACCAUGACGACGGAUAAGGACCAGUUCUGUGAGCUGUGCAACAUGGUCUUUAGCUCUCAAGUUGUGGCAAAAUCCCACUAUGAAGGAAAAGUCCAUGCGAAACAUCUCCGCAGACAAGGUCUUCAUCCCCCAGCUUUAGACAGGAUGUUCCCAGAGGAUGGUACGGACCAUCUUCCAGACCCGUCAGCCCCCAACACUGCAGCGAGGAAGGAUGUUGAUCUGAAGGACCCCAACAAGUACUGCGCUCUGUGUGUUGCCUCCUUCAACAAUCCCCAGAUGGCGUUGCAGCACUACAAUGGACGCAAACACCAGAGGAAUCAGGCCAGACAAGAUCUGCUCAAAGACCUCGGAGACAAUGUCCAAGAAGCCAACUCCCUGAUGUGUCAGAUGUGUAGCAUCCAGUUUAACUCUGUUGAGAUGUACCAGGCCCACAUGCAGGGCAACAAACACCAGAGCAGGGAGAAGAAGGUUGUUCACCUGUGCAAAACCCAACAGAAAGACUACAGCACGUUUGCGGAUGAGCUGGCCGAUUUCAUUCAGGUUCAGAAAGCUCGUGGAAUCGCACCCAAGGCCGGGCAAGUCACACAAAAGGAGGAAGAGGAGGAUGAAGGAGCGGACGCAUUAAACAAAGGGGAACUAUUAGAACCGAAUAAACCCAGGCUCAACCCCACUCCUAUCCCUCACCCUCCUCACCCCUCCCGCCCUGGGUGUCACUACCCUGUUGAAGGGUGGCGUCCUCCGUAUCAGGGCCCCUCCUGGCCAUCCGAUGGCUGGGAUUACAAUCGCCCUACUCCGGUCCACCCAGGCCCUCCUCUCUUCACUGGUCAGCCCACAAGGAGAAGGAGACACAGAAAGCAGUCGAGCUCAUCCUCGUAUACUUCCUCAUCAUCUUCCUCCUCCUCUUAUAGCAGCAGCACAAGCGACAGUGGUGACAGCGAACACCAGCGCAGAGAAAAGAGGAGGAUUCAAAGAUCCAGACGAGAGAGAGACAGGAGAGCAAGAGAUGAGGACUUGGACAAGGACAAGAAGAGGAGGAAGCGGUUGAGGAGGGAAAGAGAUAAUGACUCAGUGGAGAGGAGAAAAGAGGAUUCAGGAGGGUUGAGGAAAAAGAGGAAAAGUCCUGGCAAGCGGAAAAGACAGGAAAAUAAAUUCAGGGAGGAGGACGUCGAAGCGGACGGAGGGGAAAGGGUGAUGGACAAUUUAACGCCUGGAGAUAUGAUGAACAAUAGAAAGGAGACAGAGGAGAAUAUUCAGCCUGAAAUGAAUGUUGAGCAGGGGGAAGAAACGCCUAAAGUGAAAUACAGUAAGAAAGAGAAGAAGAAAACGAAAGAGAAAGCAGACACAAGGACAGAGGAGGAGAAGCUGUGGGACGACUCCAUCCUGGGCUGCUGAACUGCUGACAUUUUAAGCAAAACACAGAUGUCAUCAUGAGAAUAACAUUGGAAAUCUCGUAAAUCAACACAAAAAUAUAUAUUUAUAUACAGUUUAUAAAGCAGUGUUUACUCUGACAGUGUUGCUCUCCAUAGGUGUGCUAGCUGGCUAGCCAUGUUAAGCUAAUUUAUGUUUGUGUUUGAAGAAGUUUCCUACAAUUUAUUUUUCUCUGAUACUAAAUUAUAUUGUUGAUUUAAUUUAUUUGCACAUCUUUAUUAACUGUUGGUUAUUUCUGAUCUUUUUUUGUUGCCGCCUUAAUUUAAAAUGAUCAGAAAGUCCUCUCAACACAUCCAUAUGUUUCUGUCUGUGCUGAUGAUUGUGAUGCCUUUAGCAGCCUGUGGAUGGCACUGUCGAGCUUCACAGCAUCAGUAAAGCAAAUAAAAGCACACAGAUGUUAGAA